AUGGGAAAUUCGUCCAAGGACGAUUCUGCCACCUCUCCUGACGCCUCCGCCGGGGAUGUUCAGCCCUCCAAUGCAGGCGUCUACUCCGAGGGCGAGAAAGUGCUCGCCUACCACGGCCCUCGCAUCUACGAAGCCAAGGCACCUUUUACCUCUUUCCCUCCCUUCUUUCUCAUUUUUCUCUCUUUUCUUGAUUUCCCUAUCCCUCUUGUUAUUCCCGUUUGGAAUUUUAUAAUUACCGUUUCAGAAACAAACGGAACCCUUGCCGUGGCUAACUGCACAGUGCAAAAAACUGAGAUCAGAAAGAGUGAAUGGAAAUACUUUGUUCACUACCUUGUAAUGAUUUUGGGGUAUGCUAUUGAAUUUGGUUGUUUCAUUUACUAUUUUGCAGGGCUGGAUUGGGACGAAUGGGUAGGUGAGGACCGAUUAAUGAAACAUACUGAAGAGAAUGUAAUGAAACAGUUGGCCCUAGACAAAAAGCAAAAUGCAGACAAGAAUGUUAAGGCUGGGCGUUCAACCCAAGCAAAGGGCAAAACUUCUACAGAUGCCAAAAUGGAUAAAGAGGAUGCCAAGACUAACGCGUCUAAAGGGAAGAAACGAAAGCAUGAUGUUGGAGUCGAGAAGGGCAGCGGGACUGUUGAAAAGCUUGUCAAGAUUCAAAUUCCUGCAACAUUAAAGAAACAACUGGUUGAUGAUUGGGACUCUGUUACUCAGCAGGAUAAGCUUGUCAAACUUCCUCGUUCUCCAACUGUUGAUGAAAUUCUGACAAAGUACCUUGAGUACAAAUCAAAGAAGGAUGGCAUGGCUCCUGAUUCAGUAGGAGAAAUUUUGAAAGGAAUAAGGUGUUAUUUUGAUAAGGCGUUGCCUAUGAUGCUCUUGUACAAAAAAGAACGCAAGCAAUAUAAUGAUGUAAUUGUCGAUAAUAUAUCUCCGUCAACCAUAUAUGGAGCUGAGCAUUUAUUACGCCUCUUUGUUAAGUUACCUGAACUUUUGGCUUAUGUAACUAUUGAGGAGGACACAUUGAAUCGCUUGCAGCAGAAAUUACUUGACUUUCUCAAGUUUUUGCAGAAAAAUCAAAGUACCUUCUUUCUUUCAGCAUACGAUGGUACCAAAGUCUCUGAAGGAAAAGGAAAGGGGAAGGAUGAAUGA